AGAUUGAACAAUGAGUAUAAAACAAUAAAAGCUAAAGAAAAUGCAAAGUAAUAUUAUUUGGUGCAGUUGCAAUUUAACUUACAGGUUGUUUAUAUUUUUGUUAAUCAGAGCAAUUUAAAAUGUCUUCUAAAGGAGUAUCAACAAUUGAUGCAAGAAAUGAACUUGCUGACUUGGUUAAACGUAAAGCCGAAAUUGCUGAAACCCUGGCUAACUUAGAGAAGCAAAUAUAUGCAUUUGAAGGAUCUUAUUUGGAGGACACACAACUGCAUGGAAAUAUUAUUAGAGGAUGGGAUCGAUACUUGUCAAGUAACAAAACAACAAAUUCUAAAGCUGAUAAACGUAAUCGAAAGUUUAAGGAAGCUGAAAGAUUGUUUUCAAAGUCUUCCAUCACUUCUAUGGCCGCUGUCAGUGGAAUUGUUGAUUCUAAUCCAGAAAAAAAUGAUAGACACAGUGAUACAGAGUCACAAACUAAUGAAGACUCCAGCGAUACUAAUAUUGCGCCUGUUUUGGCAAAUCACAUAGAUUCAGGCAUUAAAACGGCUGGUAAACACUCAACAAACCCUACCAGCAAUGGCACACAAAAUGGACUAGAUAGAUCUAGUCCUGGACGUGAUAUUUCUGCAAAACAGAAGAGUUUUAACAAUAGCGCAAAAAAGAAUAACAAAAAGGCAAGGCAUAGGUAAAACUAUAUGAACUUGCUAAAUUUAAAGCUUAAGAUGUGUAGCUUUGAUUCAGUCAAGCCAUUUUCUCUCUUCAUUUAUAUGGUCUAUUUCAGGAUAUUUUAUUUGUCUUUGUGUGUUAA